AUGGUCGACCUCAGGAAGCCUAAGAACCAGGACAUUCCCGUCCAACCCUUACCUGGGGAAAUUUCCUGGUCAGGGCAAACUCCAAGUUCUAUCUGGGCAGGAGUUUCAGGGCAUGUCGAAGAAGGCUCUCGAUGUCGAAUUGCGAUUGUAAUCCGUAAUUUGACAUACUUGCUGGACUGUAUCAACAUUGAGUUUGGAGAGCAUGCUUCACGAGAUCCGAUUGAGCUCGGCCCGGAGAUCAUCUCUCAACUUCGGAACUACAGCGCCAAGCACAAGGAAAAAUUCAUAGGUGCUGGCUUGCCAGAGUCCCUUGUUCUGAAAUGCCCAGGCCUUUGCUCACAGCUUUGGCUCAAGCUUGAUAUUGUGCCGUUGGUGCUGAGACACGAAGCUCGCGUGAGGACUGCACAUGACCGGGGAGAGAUGGCCACCUUCUGGGGCUGGGAAAGAAAAGCACUAGACGAGCAGGCAGAUUCCAUGGCGCGCAAGUGCAUACGAUCGUUUGGAAUUGGACAUGUGAUACACACCCAGAUCAGUCAUAACAAUCUUGUGGAGGUUGAUAACGAUUUCCUGGCACGCCUUGCAGAUAAGCAAGACUACGAGCGAACAGUUGGACCGAGGUCAUGGGCUAUUGCUCAGCAAUAUGCCCGGGACCUUACGGAAAAGCAAGUCAAAGUUGCAUUUUUCAGUCUGACGUUUCAUGGCCAACCCGAUGUACAUAUGAGGCAUGCCCUGGUGAGGUUUGCUCAUUGUAUGGGGGUCGACUUUAGGUGGUAUGUCGCGAAGUCACGUCCAGGUAUACACAAUACUGCUCAGAAGAUGAGGGACAUCCUAGAUGGGUUGGACAACUCCCUCAAGCAUCUUUCCUUUGAUGAGGAGUUAGAGAUUCUAGAGUGGGUGUAUGAGAAUGCCAGACGAUAUUGGCUGCGCCACAAUGGCCCCCUUCAGCCGAGGUCAAAGGGAGGUGUACAUGUGGUGGUCAUUGAUAGUGCACCUUUACUCCCCUUGGCACUUUUGUCUAAGCAACAGGACCCCGGGAGACCGGUACUAUAUGAAAACCGUUUAAUGUUCCAGAAUGACAUGGUUGUGGAUCCUAGAAGUCCUUCUGCUAGGGUCUGGGACUUUGUGCAGAAGAGGGCAUCAGAUGUGGACCUACUGGUUUCUUCAGUACCAAAAGAAUUGGCACCACAGGUAUUACCCCAAAAGCGUGUGGGAUAUAUUCCAGUUUCUGUUGACCAACUUGACGGCUUGAACAAGCAUAUGAGCCCGGAAGAUAUCGCCUUCUAUGGGCAACAAUUCAACUCCCUGUGCAGAACUCUCAAAGCACCAGUUAUACAAUAUCCUGAAGAUCAAUAUAUUCUACAUCUUGCACAAUUCAGGCCCAUUGACGAGACUGUGAUUAUUCUGCAAGCAUAUCAAAUGUUUUGCUGCCAGUGGAUGAAGGAAAGCCCAACAGCCUCCAUUCCAAAGUUACUUAUAUGCCGUCAUGGCCCUCCUAAAGGCCGUGAGAGCUCACUCCUCUAUGAUGAUGUCAUGCGGCAUAUCAACAGCAAGAUGCAUGACAUUUCACAUCUGAUCUGUGUCAUAGAGCUCUGUGGCCCUGAUCAAUUGUGGAAUGUCCUCAUUUCAAACGCUAAAGUUGUCAUACAAUUGUCCAUCCCCGAGGGAAUUCCUGAAUUUCUCCUGUGCACCACUCAGAAAAAGAAGCCUCUGAUCACGAUCAAGGAUGCGAGUUCUUAUUCAUUUCUUGGGACCAACCCCACCACUUGGCUGGUGGACAAAGAUGACUGCAACUCUAUCUCACAUCUCUUUCAUCAGCUCAAUGACCCUAAACUCUCGCGGCAGAUGACAUGGAAUGGCCUUCCUGACCAAUUUACCACUGUCGGGAAUGCUAUUACCUGGUUUUAUAUAGCAUCAAAGGUAUCAAAAGGUGAAGUUAUUGACCCAGACGGCAGAGAUAUCCAUCAGUUGGCUCAGGCAGCGGCAAGUCUGUGA